AUGUCAUCAUCCUCAUUUUCUGCCGUAAGAGCCUUGCGCGAGUCUUUUGGGGACCGAAAGCCUCCUGACAUUACGCGUAAGAUCACGGCAUGCGUCGCCUGUCGCAAACUCAAGAUCAAAUGUAAUAUGAGCGAUGGAAAUCCACCUUGCACACGGUGUCAAUCUCGUGGUCUCUCCUGUACCGUCAACAAGAGCCUGCAAAUGCUGCUUGAAAGUGACGCAUCAUGGAAGGAAAACAUCGAACGUCGACUGGAAAACUUGGAAUCAGCCGCAAUUUCAACCGAGAAUUUGACCGCUUCGCCUGAGGGUGGGACGUCAGGAGAGAGAAACAGGCCCAGAAAGACGCCUGCGAGCCGCGCAUCAACCGGCAUGCCAAACACGAUUACUUUGAAUCUAUCUUGUAGUCUUGGAGCAUUUCCCGCAUCAUCCAUGAUAGAUCUCACCUUCAGUGGCCAGCAGGUAGUAUUUCAAGGGCAACGACGACCAGAUCUGAUCUCGUGCGGCGUGAUCUCCCACCAGACAGCCGAGGCUCUGUUUAGAUUCUACCAUGAGCACCUUGAUAACUGCGUCCACUACAUCCUCGAGCCUGAUGAUACAUUGGCCCGAGUACGCUCCAGAUCCUCACUUCUAAUAUCAGCAAUCUGUACUGUGUCUGCUUUCUGCGCGGGCUCCAACAUUUACCCGUCAUGCCUCAACGCGUUGAAGACGGAAGUCUCACGGAAGAUGUUCGCGACGAACCAUAAAUUUGACGAUGUACGAGCAUUGUGCAUUGGAGCGUUCUGGCUGAGCGAAAUCACCUCUGCACUGAGUGGACUAGCUGUUCGUAUAUCCACAGAGCUUGACCUACACCGAUGUAUCACCAAAAUGCCCCAUACGAAGAGAGCCUGUUAUGACCGCACACGACUCUACUUUUUGGUCUACCUGUGUGACCGACACUACUCGCUGAGCCAUGGACGGCCUCCACUCACUCGCGACUUCCAUUCCUUGAAAGCGCCGCGAGAUUUCUUACAGAGUCCGUUUUCAACAUCAUGCGACUUGGGUUUGAUUGCUCAAGUCGAGCUUUGGUCUAUCAGCGGCCGAGUGUUUGAUAACUUCGGUGCGGAUAUUGAGAACCCGAUGGCGAGCGAAAAGUCGACAGAGCUGGAAAGUUUUGGCGCAGAAUACGACCAGUGGUUUGCCGAAUGGUCGGAUUUACUGUCAAUCAGCGAGUCGGCGACAUCAUUAUCAAACAGGCUGGAAUGCAUGUACUACCAUUCAGCAAAAUUGUUCCUCUUCUCGCAUGUGUUUCGGGGUCCAGCGGCAGAGAUAUACUCGUUGCCUAAGGAGGGCAUCGAUACCUUUGCGUCGUCUGCCCUGGGCAGUGCCCUAGGUAUCAUUCAGUGUAUUGUAAAUGGACAUGCAAGCACUGAAGUGUGGCUACACAAGCUCCCUUUAUACUUCGGAACGAUGACGGCAUUUGCAUCUGUUUGUCUUUUGAAGGCGUCAUGUCAGGAACAGUCCACUACGGGACUCGACUUUGGCGAAACUACCGAAUAUAUUCGCCGUUUGGUUGACCUUCUCCGCAGGUCAAUAGUUGCUGAUCACCCCGCGAGCACAUGGUCAAGCAUCGCCAACAGUCUGGACAUCGCAACAAGAGGAUGGGAUUUGUUUCACCCAGAGGAUGAACAUAUCGCUGCUCCUGGAGAUGAUGCCUUCGCCUUUGAUAUCUUUGACGACGACGGCGGGUUAAAUUAA